AUGGUGGGAGCUCCGUGCCCCGCUGGCCCUGGCCGCUCCCCGGCUCCUGCUCCCGGGCUGCUGCUGGUCCUGGUGACGGCUCUCCUGGUCCUGGUGCUGCCCGGCGGAGCGGACGGCCAGCCCUGCCCGACCCAGUGCUCCUGCACCGGCACCACAGUGGACUGUCACGGCCAGGGGCUCCGCAGCGUGCCCAGGAACAUCCCCCGCAACACGGAGAGACUGGACCUGAAUGCCAACAACCUCACUAAGAUCACAAAGACGGAUUUUGCAGGACUGAGGCAUCUGCGAGUGCUGCAGCUAAUGGAGAACAAAAUCUUCUCCAUCGAGCGAGGAGCCUUCCAGGACCUGAAGGAGCUGGAGAGACUGCGCCUGAAUCGGAAUAAUCUGGCCAUCUUUCCCGAGCUGCUUUUCCUGGGAACCACGAAGCUCUACAGACUUGAUCUCAGCGAGAACCAGAUCCAGGGGGUCCCAAGGAAAGCCUUCAGGGGAGCCGUGGAGAUCAAGAACCUCCAGUUGGACUACAACCACAUCAGCUGCAUUGAGGAUGGAUCCUUCCGAGCGCUGCGUGACCUGGAAGUGCUCACCCUCAACAACAACAACAUCAGCCGACUGUCUGUGGCCAGUUUCAACCACAUGCCAAAGCUCAGGACCUUUCGCCUGCACUCCAACAACCUGCAGUGUGACUGUCACGUGGCCUGGCUGUCGGAGUGGCUGCGACAACGCCCCCGUCUGGGUCUGUACACGCAAUGCAUGGCCCCCCCACACUUGAGGGGACACAACGUGGCAGAGGUGCAGAAGAAGGAGUUUGUUUGCACAGAUGAAGACGAAGGUCACCAGUCGUCAUCGUCCACGUCCUGCAGUGUGUUACAGUGCCCGGAGUCGUGCACCUGCAGUAACAACAUAGUGGACUGCAGAGGGAAGGGACUGACAGAAAUACCCACCAACCUGCCUGAAACCAUUACUGAGAUCCGACUGGAGCAGAACGCCAUCAAGGUGAUCCCAGCUGGAGCCUUUUCUUCGUAUAAGAAGCUGCGCAGGAUAGAUUUGAGUAACAACCAGAUAUCGGAGCUGGCCGCGGACGCCUUCCAAGGUCUGCGCUCCCUCAACUCUCUGGUACUAUAUGGGAACAAGAUCACUGAGAUCUCCAAAGGACUGCUUGAGGGACUAUUUUCUCUGCAGCUAUUGUUACUGAAUGCCAAUAAGAUAGCGUGUCUGCGAGUGGAUGCCUUUCAGGACCUCCACAACCUCAAUCUGCUCUCGCUCUAUGACAACAAGCUCCAGACCAUCGCCAAGGGGACCUUCGCCUCGCUAAGAGCCAUUCAAACGCUUCACUUAGCCCAGAACCCGUUCGUCUGUGACUGCCAUCUGAAGUGGCUGGCUGACUACCUGCAGGACAAUCCCAUCGAGACCAGCGGUGCUCGCUGCACCAGCCCGCGGCGGCUCGCCAACAAACGAAUCGGACAAAUCAAGAGCAAGAAGUUCCGCUGCUCAGCUAGAGAACAGUAUUUCAUUCCAGGUACCGAGGAUUACCGCAGCAAGCUCGGAGGGGACUGCUUCGCCGACCUGGCCUGCCCCGAGAAGUGUCGCUGCGAGGGCACCACGGUCGACUGCUCCAACCAGAAGCUCACCAAAAUACCAGAUCACAUUCCCCAGUACACCGCAGAGCUGCGCCUCAACAACAAUGAGUUCACUGUGCUCGAGGCGACGGGGAUCUUCAAAAAGUUGCCUCAGUUGAGGAAGAUUAACCUGAGCAAUAACCGUAUCACCGACAUAGAGGAGGGGACUUUUGAAGGAGCCUCAGGGGUCAACGAGCUGAUUCUCACCUCCAACAGACUGGAUAACGUGCACCACCGCAUGCUGAAGGGACUGAGUGGCCUCCGCACACUUAUGUUGAGGAGCAAUCGUCUUACCUGUGUGAGUAACAGCAGCUUCGUGGGGCUGAGCUCGGUGCGUCUCCUGUCGCUCUAUGACAACCAGAUCACCUCGAUGAACCCUGGAUCCUUUGAGACACUGGUCUCCCUUUCCACGCUAAAUCUUCUGGCCAAUCCCUACAACUGUAACUGUCACCUGGCUUGGCUCGGCGAUUGGCUGAGAAAGAAACGCAUCGUCACUGGGAACCCUCGCUGCCAGAACCCUUACUUCCUGAAGGAGAUCCCCAUCCAGGACGUAGCUGUCCAGGACUUUGCCUGUGAAGAUGGUAACGAUGAGAACAGCUGCUCUCCGGUGCUGAGGUGUCCCGCCGAGUGCUCCUGUCUGGACACGGUGGUGCGCUGCAGCAACAAGGGGCUGAGCACGCUGCCCAAAGGCCUCCCCAAGGAGACCACUGAGCUGUACCUGGAUGGUAACCACUUCACUCAGGUUCCUGCGGAGCUCUCUGAAUACAAACACCUGACGCUGAUUGACUUGAGUAACAACCAGAUCAGCACAUUGUCCAACCACAGCCUCAGUAACAUGUCCGAGCUGCUUACCCUAAUCCUCAGCUACAACCGUCUGCGGUGUAUCCCGGUGAGAGCGUUCGAUGGACUCAAGUCUCUACGUCUGCUGUCUCUCCAUGGUAACGACAUAUCACUGAUACCAGAGGGAGCAUUCAAAGACCUGUCAUCCCUCUCCCACUUGGCUCUGGGUGCCAACCCUCUGUUCUGUGACUGCCACAUGCAGUGGCUGUCAGACUGGGUGAAGAGCGGCUACAAGGAGCCUGGCAUCGCCCGCUGUUCCGGGCCCGGAGACAUGACCGACAAACUGCUGCUCACCACGCCGUCCAAGAAGUUCACCUGCACAGAAGUCCUGGGGCGUUGUGGUUUUCUGGUGCCAGGUCCAGUAGACAUAAGUAUCCAGGCCAAGUGUGAGCCCUGCCUGUCCAACCCCUGCAACAACGACGGCACAUGCUCCAAUGACCCCGUGCACUAUUACCGCUGCACCUGCCCCUACGGAUAUAAGGGACAAAACUGUGAGGAGCCCAUUCACGCCUGCAUUGGGAACCCCUGCCAGAAUAGUGGAACCUGCCAUCUGAAGGAAGGAGAAGAGAGUAACUUUUGGUGUGUGUGUCCGGAGGGCUUCGAAGGCGACGCAUGUGAGAUCAACAUCGAUGACUGUGAAGACAACGACUGUGAGAACAACUCCACCUGCAUUGAUGGAAUCAACAACUACACGUGCAUGUGCUCCCCAGAAUACACAGCUGCUACCAAUGAGGUGGAGAGAGGGGAGCUGUGUGAAGAGAAACUGGAUUUCUGUGCUCCGGAGCUGAACCCGUGUCAGCACGACUCAAAGUGCAUUCUGACCCCAAAGGGAUACAAGUGUGAGUGUACUCCGGGCUACGUAGGUGAGAAUUGUGAGCUGGACUAUGACGACUGUGAAGAGAACAAGUGUCAGAACGGAGGUCAGUGCAUUGAUGCCGUCAACGGAUACACCUGCGUCUGUCCAGAGGGAUACAGCGGGUUAUUCUGUGAGUCCUCCCCCCCGAUGGUCCUCCCCCGCACCAGCCCCUGCGACAACCAUGACUGUCUGAACGGGGCGCAGUGCGUCGUCGUGGAAACCGACCCCCGCUGCCAGUGUCUCCAGGGCUAUGAGGGCGAGAGCUGCGAGACGCUCGUCAGUGUCAACUUUGUAAACCGCGAAUCCUACCUGCAGCUUCCCUCCAGUCUCCUCUCACCACAGACCAACAUCAGCCUUCAGAUCGCCACAGAUGAGGACAGCGGCGUGUUAUUGUACAAAGGGGACAAUGACCACAUUGCCAUGGAGCUGUACAGGGGACGCCGGGUCAGCUACGACACCGUCUACCCUCCCUCUGCUAUAUACAGGGUACAUACAAUACCAGUGGCCUGCCGAGGGGAACGGAUCCGAGAUGUCUACCAGAGACAGCAAGGCUACGCGGCGUGCCAAACCCAGGAGAAGGUCUCCCGCCUAGAGUGCCGGGGCAGCUGCACGGGGGGGGCAGAAGGACAAGGCACCUGCUGCACCCCCCUCCGCAGCAAACGCAGGAAAUACACCUUCCAAUGCACUGACGGCUCGUCUUUUGUCCAGGAAGUGGAGAAAGUGGUGAAGUGCGGCUGUACAAAGUGCCCCUCGUAG